AUGGUAGCUCUCAUGGUUACAGCAGCUGUGAUUAUACUUACAACAUUAAUAUUAGUGCUGAUGUUUAGGGCGGUGUUUUCAUCCCCAUCAAGUGAUCGCUCACAAGGCAUUACUGAUCAUGGAGGUUCACCGGUUCCAAACACAUCGUGUUGGAAAUAUGAUGUGUUUCUUAGUUUUAGAGGAGAGGAUGUUCGCAAGAAAUUUGUAGACCAUCUCUACACUGCUCUUGUGGAACAAAACAUCCUUACGUACAAGGAUGAUGAAACACUUGCUCGGGGUGAUAACAUCGGUUCGACUCUCUUGAAAGCCAUCCAAAAUUCGCAUAUUGCUCUCAUCGUAUUUUCCAAAAAUUAUGCCGAUUCAUCAUGGUGUUUGGAUGAACUUGCAUACAUCAUAAAAUGUAAGGAGGAGAGGGGGCAAAUCGCUAUACCUGUAUUUUAUGAGGUGGAUCCCUCUGAAGUAAGUGAACAGAAAGGCCAAUUUGGUGAAGCGUUUUCCAAGCAUUUUAUGUCGGCGAACACUGACAAAGUCGAAUCAUGGAAAAAAGCACUUGUUGAGGCAAGUAACAUCGCUGGAUGGGAUACCAAGUUUGUAGCUAACGGGCAUGAAGCGAAAUGUAUUAAAGAGAUUGUUGGUUCAGUUUUAGAUAUAUUGUGCCCAUCCUUAAAUUCAGCCACUGACGAUGAUGAUGAUGAUGAUGACCUUGUUGGAAUGGCAACUCGAUUGCAGGCUUUGGAAUCCGAGUUAGAAAUCGGGUCAGGUGGUGUGCGUAUGGUUGGGAUAUGGGGUGUUGGGGGUGGUGGUAAGACCACUCUUGCUACUUCUCUUUACAUGAAACUAUCUGCUAAUUUCCAUGGUUGUUGCUUAAUUGAAAAUAUUCGGGAGGAAUCGAAACAACAAAAUGGUUUAAGAAAACUACAAGGAAGAAUUUUAUCAACUAUUUUUAAAAAAGAAAUUGAAGUGCAGAGUGUUGCUAUAGGAAAACAGAAGAUCAAACAUAUGUUAUGUAGUAGGAAUGUGUUGGUUGUUCUUGAUGAUGUGGAUAAUCUUGAACAACUGGAGGCGUUAGCUGGAAGCACUAAUUGGUUUGGUGAUGGCAGCCGGAUAAUAAUCACAACCAGGGAUGAGCAUGUGCUAACGGCUCCCCGCCGUAAAAUUAAGGUCUGUCCUGUAAGGUUAUUAUCAGAAGAGGAGGCUAGUCGGCUCUUUAGAAAAACAGCAUAUCAUGAAGAUAGCCCUGUAGAAGAUUAUGAUAAGCUUUCAUUACGUGUGAUUAAAUAUGUUAAUGGGCUCCCAUUAGCACUUAAAGUCAUAGGGUCUUUUCUUAAUGAUAAAGACAAGAAGGGGUGGCUCAGUGCUUUGGAUAAGUUGAAAGAAACACCAAAUCCUACGGUCACCGAUCAACUUAAAAUAAGUUUUGACGGACUUGAACCUUAUGAGAAAGAGUUAUUCUUGGAUAUUGCAUGUUUCUUCAGGGGGAGGAGUAAAGAAGAGGCAAUGAAGAUACUUGAUGCUUGCGGAUUUCACCCUCGUAUAGGCGUCACGGUGUUGAUAAAAAAGUCUCUCAUAACCAUUUCUAAGUACGGAAAAUUUGAGAUGCACGAUCUAAUUCAAGAAAUGGGACACCACAUUGUUAGAGGGGAAGAUCCCGAAAAUCUGGAAACACACAGCAGGGUUUGGAGGAGUAAAGAUAUUAAAUACUUGUGUGCUGGGAAUGCAACAAUGGAAAAUCAUAAGAUUGAAGCCUUACAAUAUUGUAUAUCGUAUAAGGGUCCAGCACAAGGCUUUAUGAGGCUUGUUGCAAACUUGAAGAAACUAAGAUUCCUACAUGUGUAUAGCUAUCACGGUUUCAGCUAUAAAUGUGAAGGGGCUACUUUUCUUUCAAAUAAUUUGAAGUAUAUUGAUUUACGUGAGUAUCCUGCCAGUCUUUUCCCUGAAAGUUUCCAACCAAGGAAGCUUGUUGUUCUGAAGCUGAAUUCCACCUUGCAAAAGGAACUUUGGAAGGGUAAAAAGGAUAUGCCGUGCUUGAAGGAGCUCGAACUCAUGAACGCGGAGGCACUAGUUAGGACACCUGAUAUUGGUGGACUCUCAUCUCUUCAGAACCUAGUGAUCGAACGAUGUGAAAGUUUAGAAGAGAUUCAUCAAUCACUUGGAAAUCAUACAAGUCUUGCUAAUCUAUGUGUAAAAUCAUGCAAAAAGCUUGUACGUUUUCCAACCAUUGUUCAGAUGGAGAAACUGGAGAAUCUUAAAAUUUCAGAUUGCAAAGCUCUUCUUGAGAUUCCACAGACUAGCAGAGUUUCAGUGUAUCAGAAUCUACCAUGUUUGAAAGAGCUUGAACUCAAAUUCCUUGAUGCACUAGUUAGGACACCUGAUUUCGGUGGACUCCCAUGUCUUCAAAAGGUGACAUUCUCUAACUGUGGAAGUUUAAAAGAGAUUCAUCCAUCAAUUGGGAGUCAUUCAAGCCUCGUUUAUAUGUAUGUACAUUUGUGUCCGAAGCUUGCAAGGUUUCCAACCAUUUUUCGGAUGGAAAAACUGAAGAAUUUAGAACUUUCAGGUUGCGGAGCUCUUCUUGAGUUUCCAAAGAUCAAAGCAAACAUGGAUAGCUUGGAAAAAUUAGAUUUGAUGUAUCUUGGUAUAGAAGUUCUCCCCUCAUCAGUCGGGAGAUAUUGUUCCAACCUUCUUUCCCUAAAGUUGAGCAACUGUUCAAAGUUAAAAACCAUAGAAGGAAACUUUCAUGCCUUAAAACGUUUGGAGAUGUUUGCGUUGUAUAAGCCAAAACUUGAGAAGUUUUCAAAAGAUCUUUUUCUUGUAAAUUGUUGUCUAGAAGAGCUGCAUUGGGUGUCUGGACCCGAUCCUCCUCACUUGCCACAUUUGUUAAGAAAGUUGGAUCUCAAUUGUUGUAAAUUGAAAGAUGGAGAAAUACCUCGUGAGAUUGGUGAGUUAACCAGCUUAAAAGAGCUACAUCUAAAGUUCAAUGAUUUUUCACGAGUAGACAUCAGCAUCUCACAUCUUACUCAGCUCAAACUACUUAGUCUGAGUUAUUGUAAAAUGCUUGUUGAAUUACCAAAGUUCCCACCAAAUCUUGCUAUUCUCGAAGCAGAGUACUGCAACUCACUUGAAGCCAUUGGAGAUGAUAUAUACUCAAAUUGUAAAUGGUUAUGCAGUUUCUCAGUUAUAUCAAGUUCGGUAGAGUGUGGCAACUUCGUUGGUGGCAAGAGAUUACUAGAAUCCAUGCUUCAGGGAAAUGCUAUUGAAGAUGGUCAGUGCAUGUGCCUCAUGUUAAGUGGCGUAGAGAUUCCCAAGGAGUUUGAACCCCGUUUGCUUAAAGGGAGUACAUAUAGAUUGCAACUUCCAGAGAAUUGGUUCAAUGAAUAUACUGGAUUUUUAUUUUGUUCUGUUAUCGAGAUAUGUGUACCUCAAUCAAUAGGGAUAACUAUGAUGGGAAUUGGGGGUUCUCAAAAUGAACAGGUGUUUUGGGAGGAGGAUGAUCAGAGUGUUGAUGAUCAUGAUAUAUGGAGUUAUAUAAUGACCAAAAGUAUAAUGUGGGGAGAGUCUUUGGAGGAGUUGUACAAAGAAGAAAGAAAACGGUUAGAAGAAAGCAGGAAAAACAAACAUACAUGGAUGGUGUAUGUUCCAUUUGGGUCACUGAAAAGCACCGCUUGGUGGGAUCAAACAUCCACUGCAUUUGAUUUUUCUGUUGCCCAUCUAAAUGGAGCUGGUCAGGUGUUGAAAAAACUUAAAUCUUAUUCUAGUGGGUUUGGAGCUAGACUCGUUUCCAAGAAGAAUCAAAUGAAAGAAACAAUCUCCUCUGAAUUUUCUUCUGAUGAUGGUGAUUAUAAAUGUAAAUUUACAAUCCACCGUGAUUCAAAGUCUGAAUUGGAGUGUCGAUUUUAA